CAGGAAGUGGCUGCUGUUGCUACGCUUUGAACUUGACUCCGUUAGGACCCUGUACUGUGAAGACUUUCGCUUUCAUUUCUUCACUGGAAACUGAAUAGAUGUUGUUAUAGCUGCCGUAUCACAGACAUGGCAGGCUUGGAGGUGUUGUAUACAUGUGUCGGUGGCAGCAUUACCUGUCCACAGGACGCCGUGGUGUGUUUCGUUCACUGGGAAAUGAUAAAAAAUGGAUACAGGUGCAUCGGGUCUGGAGACGAGGCCCGCAGCAGUGAUAAGAAGUCCGAGCUGCUGCCUGCUGACUGGAGCAGCAACAAGGAGUUGUACAGUCUGCGAUAUAAAGCCAAAGACAGGGAUGCCCAGCUGCUAUUCAAAGCCAUUGCUGUCGACUCCACCUUGAUCUUUAACCUGAUGGUAAGAACAGCUGACGAACCUUGUAGAUGCAUUGUGAAAGCCAAGCAGGUUGACGCUGUUGGUUUGCUUCAUGAUGUUGACUCUAACAAGUUCCGUCCCGAGACUUUAGCAGAGCCACCGUCGGCGCUCCCGGAGCUCAGCACCGCCCAAGACGACUGGGAUUGGGCCGACCCCAUGGUGCCUCCGUUCGCAGCUGGAGGAGCGGAUCUGGAUCCCUUCGGGACCCGUGGCGGUGGCGGGAUGAUCGUUGACCCGUUGAGGUCGGGGUAUCCUCGCUCUGGUUUGGACCCCUCCAGCGGGAUACCGGACAUUCUGCCUCCCGGAGCUGUUCCCCCGGGGGCUCGCUUCGACCCGUUUGGACCCCCCGGACGACGCAGGCCCGGGCCGGACCCAGACCACAUGCCCCCACCCGGCUAUGACGACAUGUUCAUGUAGUAGCUCCUUCCUUUCUACUUCCUGUUUGAAACCCCCAUCAUCCUGUCCUCCAGACAGUAGGAGCCAGAAGGAAGUCCUCAUCUUCACCGCCUCAAGGGUUUCAGCUGGUUUAGUGGCCUGAAAAUAAUAAUAAUAAAGAAAUGUCUCCCUUUUUUAUUUUCUCCUGUUUUUGAAAAAGAAAGAAGGGUUGUUUGCUUAUUUCAUAUGUAUAUAACUUAUGUAGAAGUUCCCACUCCUGGUGUUCAAUCAGCAAACCGCAUUCGUGCGUAUUUCCUCUGCUUCCUAAAUGAU